UUUUGUGGGUUCUGCUGCACUUCCCGGGACCCAGCUAACCGGAGCAGCUACCUAAGGUUACAGUUGCUGGCACAUCCCGAGUGCACCUACUACACGGACAAGAUGUCAUCAGCAGGUUUGAACACCGGGAAGAAAAACGCAUGCACAGCAAUCAAAGUAGAUCCUGAUGAAGAAUACUGUACCCCAGGUGCCUUUGAACUGGAGCGACUCUUCUGGAAAGGAUGCCCAAAGUACACUCAUGUCAAUGAAGUCUGGCCCAACCUCUACAUAGGAGAUGAGAAAACUGCAUUAGAUCGCUACAGCCUUGAGAAGGCAGGCUUCACCCACAUCCUCAACGCAGCCCACGGUCAGCGGAACGUGGACACAGGACCAGACUAUUACCACGACAUGAAUGUGGAGUACCAUGGAGUGGAAGCAGAUGAUCUCCCCACUUUCAAGCUCAGCCAGUUCUUUUAUUCAGCUUCUAAAUUCAUUGAUAAUGCGCUUCAGGAUGAAAGAAACAAGGUCCUGGUUCACUGCGCUAUGGGUCGCAGCCGGUCAGCCACGCUGGUUUUGGCUUACCUGAUGAUUUACAAGAACAUGACAGUGGUGGAUGCCAUUGAGCAAGUAUCAAGACACCGGUGCAUCUUGCCAAACCGGGGCUUCUUGAAGCAGCUGAGAGAACUGGACGUGGCCUUAGCACUGCAGAGGAGGAACACCAAGAACAGCCUACCAUCUGACGACGACAAGAAGAGCACCACGAUCUAGUGUUGUUCCUGGCAGGGUUGUGCUACUGGAAAAGAAAUUCCAUAAAAGGAGGGGAGUAGAAGGUGUAGUUAAUUACACAGUCACAAGGAUAAUUUGUUAUUUGGAAGGAAAAACAAAGUCAUUUCAAAUGCUGUCAAGAUGAGAAAGAAGAGAAGCCAAAUUUAAAACCCAUCUUAGAAUG